CCUGGAGCAGAGCGAGGGAACAGCAAACUUCCACAGCCACCCUCCCCCCAGCAUUGGCAAGCUGGCUGUGCUUUAUAGAUGAGCGUUGUAUUGGACUCCGGGGGAGAAGUUGUUGCCUCCCCUUUCUGUUGCUCUAUCUGUGUGCCCGGGGGAAGGGAGAAAGAGCCUUGAACUUCUUGCUGCAGCAACAGCUGCUUCGCCCGAUCUGGUGUCUCCUCGCAGCUGGAGCUGUUGCCAUAGAGAAGCUUGUUUGAUUCACCAUUCGCCCUGCCAGCGCUGAAGUGUCGGGAGACUCAUUAUUGUGGGGACCCCACUGGCUGUCUCUGAAGAAACUGGUCCUGUUUUGAUACAGCAGAUAUAACUAAAACAAUUGUUAACUGAGACUACACCUUUCCCUGAGGCUGGACUGAACUGUGUACAAUGGUUACUUUAGGAGUUGAAGAGCUACACCCUCUCACCUGAGUGAGUCAAGUCCUUCAAUUAUGAACCAGAUGCGGCCACAGCAUUUCCAACAGCAGCUGUCUUCAGAUUGCUCCAGUUCUCAGGAUUCAUUAGACACCUUGUCAAUGGAUGACUUCUGGACUGAAGUAGAGAACAUUAAGGAAAGCCAUAGAACUGAACCGGAUGAACAUUUGGAUGUGAAGACACCAGAAGAUGGAGAUUUUGAGAUUGAUUGGCUUCACGAUGCUGGGCUUUCCACUCUUAUCAAAGAAGAUGGCAGAAAUGAUGAUGAAGAGGUCUUGCUUUCUACUCUAACACGCACACAGUCUGCAGCUGUGCAGCGCAGAUUGGAAAACUAUACUCUAUCCAUGCGGGUAAAAAGCAAACAACCUGUACGAGAUGUUAGGGAUAUCUUUUCAGGAUCAAAGAUUUCAAAAACGCAAGAUACCAAAUGUUCAGUUAUCGAUGCAUUGCAACCAGACCAGCACCUUGAGAAUCUGCUGCCAGAAGACGAAAAAAGAGAAGCUUGUUCUGAUGAACAUGAGACCACAUCACCAACACAGGAUGAAAUUUCGAAGACAAAAUUUAUAUCUUCUGAUAUUUCUUAUUCUGAGCAAGCAGCAAUUUUGCGAAACAGUGUACAGUAUAAAAAACUCCCCAAGAAGAGAAAUGAUGAUGGGACUUUGCCUCAAUACAGAAGGUGCAAGAAUAAACUAGGAGUAACAAGGAUAGGUGACCUCUCGGCACAGGACAUGAAGAGAAUUCACACUUUAGCACUAAUUGAACUAACAGCUCUGUUUGAUGUCUUGGAUUUGGAAGUGAAGCGACACAAAACAGUGAAAACGAAAACGUAUGAUAAUAAAAUUUUCGGUGUCCCACUCACACAUCUGAUUGAAAAUGAUCAGAGGAUUGAUCCCAACACUAAAGUUCCAUUGUUCCUUAAAGAGUUGCUGAGCUGUCUGGAAGAAAAUGGUUUGGAAACAGAAGGGAUUCUUCGCAUUUCCGGAUCUGUAGCUAGAAUAAAGAAUUUACAGAAGGAGCUAGAUGCAAGUUUUUACCAAAAAUGUUUUGACUGGAAAAAUGCCCACCAAAAUGAUUUGGCAGGUUUAUUAAAGAUGUUUAUCCGUGAAUUGCCAUAUCCCUUGUUAACAGCAGAAUAUGUGACUGCUUUUGCAACAGUCAAAGAUAUCUCUGAUCAAAUACAGAUGAUUCAUGCCCUGAAUCUCCUUGUGGUGAUCCUUCCAGAUGCAUACAGAGCUACACUUAAGCUUCUUUUAGAGUUUCUUCGCAAGGUGAUUGAUAAAGAGAAGGUAAACAAGAUGAAUCUCUGGAACGUUUCAACAAUAAUGGCCCCAAACCUCUUCAUGCACAAAAGAAUUCCAAACAAAAUUCCUGAUGGCAAAGAGAAGCAGCAGGCAGAAAAAGCGGCAAAUGUGGUUCGGAUGCUCAUCCACUACCAGGACCUUCUCUGGACUAUUCCAUGUUUCCUUGUGGCACAGGUGAGAAAACUGAAUGAAAACAGCAAUAAGAAGUAUGAUAAGCGUCUAAAAAAUCUCCUAAAGAAGAUUCACACAGACAAACAUGACAAGCAACAGCAGCAGUUGAACAAGGUGAUAAAAAUUCAAGCCCCCCAGUUAUUGAAGGAUACAAUGGAAGUCCAACUGAAUUCUGACAUUGUAGUCCGGGAUCUUGUGGCUAAGUUCCAGACACAAUUAAACUGCAGUAAUUGGGAUGCCACCAAUACUGACGUCACACAAAGAAACAAUGGUUCUACUGAUUGUUCAGAGUUCUGCCUGUAUGAAGUGGGUGGUAAUAUAGGCGAACACUGUCUUGAUCCCGACGCACUUAUUUUGGAACUGUACAGGAUUAACCCUCAGGCUGAGUGGGUUAUAAAGCAACGUGCAGCAUUGUGAAAUGGAAGCUAAAUUUUGGUGAAUAUUCAUCACUUAAAUCCACAGAGUUUGCUGGUUGAAUAAUAUCUGUACUUUAGCUAUUGUUAAAACAAAAUUGUGACCUCCGAGAGCAAAAGAAAUAAUGCUGAAGUACUUCCUGAAGGUACAUCCAAGAUACAACUUAUUCAGCAAAGUCCAGCACCUUCAUUAAAUGAUGGACCCUUACCACUAAUUAAGAUAAAAAAAAAUCAGCUUUUAAUUUGCUGGUCUACUGGCAUGUGAAUUUGAUAGCUUGAAUUUUAUACAGAAUUUAUAUUUACCCUGGCUAUUUUUUUGGGGACAUGUGUAAGCACUGCCAAAUAUCGCUAAGAAUAUUAUGGAAAAGACACACAAAUUGCCUUUAUCACUAUGUAAUAUAUAUCUUCUUGGAAUGUGUUUAACUGUCUUUUGAAUGUCACUUUGGAGUUACUUGGAAAAAGGAAUCUGUAAAGUGGAGAAAGUGCAACAAAAUGCAACUUGGCUUGUGCCAAAAUGUACGCACAAUCAGUUAUUUAUUGAAGGAGAAAAAGGAAUGAGCAUAAAUCUGAACCUUUAGUUUAUUUGCCAUGAAGCCAUAUUUGACUGCAUAUAUCAAACUCUGCAGAAGCAAAAGGAUCUUCAGCUCGGACAAAGAAUUAUGAUUGUGUUUCAGCACUUUAGGGCUUUGUUACAGAGAAUGUGAUGCAAUCCAAGGCAAAAAUUUGGUAGUAUGAAAACACAAUAGCUUAUAUGAAUUUAUUAUGGACAAUAAUAUUUGAAAUCUGCAUAGCAUGUGUUUUGCUUUCUUCAAGGCAACAGCCUCCUGCUACUUACUCUUUAGCUUUUAAUGUUGUACAAUGUAUAAUAUUGAUAUGUAAAGUUUGGAACAUUUUUCUACGCAUUGCUGCAAUUGUAAUUUUUUUUCUACUUUAAGUCUGUUUUAGCAACCAUCUCAAUCUAU